AUGCCUUCAGUAUCUGCCGAGACCUUGGAGCAAUUGGAAAGACUGUGCAAGCUUUACAAGAUCGAAUUCAUUGAUAACCUACCUCAUUCUCAAUGGCCAACUCGCCUCCAAGGCAUCCAAUCGGCCGUGGCUGAUCUGGGAACUCGGAAAUUCGACGAAUACGCAACAAGAGCGACUGAGGAAUGGAAGCUUAAGGCUAAAGCCGUCGCUGAGCACCUCGUUUCCGAAGUCCGGCGGCAACGGCAACGAAACGAGAGUACCUGGAGACACGCCUGUGAGCCCAUUGUCUUCGCUCGGAUGAAGUUGGAAGUGGCAUGCCUUGAACCUGUCGGCCUGAACAACAUCUUCGGUCGCAGGGAAGACGAAGAGGUACGAUUAGAACCAGCUGUGGCCAAAAUUCUGAGCAAGAAGUUCCAGAAGCCGGACGCGGUAUUCGGGCUUCGCCAAACUAGGAACAUUGAAAACCUUCUGAACGACAACGAAAAACCAGGUCUCGAGCUACACGAUGAAGAGGCGCUGGAAGGACGGCAAGUGCAUGAGAUACUGGAUCUCGUUACAAUGGUACAGCCUCUCAACCAGAGAGGUGACGAGCUGCUUUUUCCGUUUCUGGUUCUCGAGGCCAAGUCAGGCAGUUCCGACAGCGACUGGAAUGCUAUUCAGAUGCAGACUGCCUUUCCCAUUAAAACGUUUCUUGACGCUCAAAAUAGGUUGAAAGUAGCGACAGGGCAGCAGUCAAAAUGGGAGUCGGGUCCUCUUGUGUGGUUUUUUGCCAACCGGGGUAGAGAUUGGAGAGUAUCCAUUGCCUACAUCGAGUACGAGCAAUCAAAGAAGAGGAAGAGAGAUGGCCCAAAUAGUAUCGCAUAUAAAGUGGUUGAUAUUUGGAGUGGCUCAAUCCAAACCUAUGAUGGAGCACUGCAACUGUUACUGCUGGUGGACUAUGUAUUCGACUGGGCUCGGGACUCUUACCGACCAGACAUUUUGCAAGAGCUUAGAAUUAUUGCAUCCGGAGAUAAUGACGCAGCGAGUAGCGUAUAUUAUUCGGAUCCGGACGUUGCCUCUACGCGUCUAGUCGAAGCUUUACCCGGCGAUACCUCGAUCGAUGAAGGAGAAGAGUACCAUCGGUACACUACACUCCAAAAUGCCUUUACCUCUUUUGACAAAGAGGAGGGGGCUAUUCGGCAUGCGGCAUUUGUCGAAUACCGGUACUGCUGCUUGUUCGUCACCAAGGACAACGUAAAAACUCUCGUGCAGUCCACCAACCAGCAGCACGCGCAAAAGCUGUAUCGCGGCAUCUUGGACCAGAUGGAUGAUUGCAACUUGAUUGAGAUGUCGACUCUCUCUGCAUUAGAGAAGCAGUGGACCGGGACCUCGCGGUUUGUGCCUGCUAGCCCGCCUUCAGAGCAGACGUUCUACACCGUCAUAUCUCAUACAACUUACUUUUCGGGCCAGUGGAAUCAAGUUCGGGAGCUCUACGUUGUUGCUAUCUCUCCAAGCGCAUGGGAUGACGUGGUUGGAGCAUCGGAGCUGCAAAGGCGUCGGAAGAGUAAAAUGAGGAAAAUGCAACCACGUACCUUGGGACUCACGGAUCACGACUCAUUGGUAACAGUUAUCGAAAACCUACGGUCGGGGACGCCACGGAGCAUGCUUCUCGACGCGAUCAAGCGCGUUUCGGUCAAAGUUCGGGCGGGCACAUCUAGGAUUUCCGAUGAUAAGCCCACCUUACCAGCCCACCUUUCACAAAAUGAUGGCAUAUUUCGCCAUAUGAUACACUAUGUGUACAAGUGGUUUAAGAAGGGAAACAUAGAGCCGCAAGAGCCGUUCAUGAGAGUAUCAAAGCGAUUCGUGCAACAAACCGAGGUUCAGCCUGAGGUUGAGACCGCAUGCGGGGAAUCUGCAGAGCCAACAUUAUCCGUGUCUCCCGACGGCUAUGUUUUGAUCCGGGCCGAGGAUUACGAUCGUGAUAGAGAGAGAUCCAAGUCCGAGAUAUGUGUCUAUAUCGUCGACGGGGACCCUGUGAUGCCCGAGAAGCAGGAUCUUUACAAGAAAAUCAAGCGCGCCAUUGCGACGGCAAACAUCUGUCAUACCACACGCGACAAUGGGUAUUCAAGUCUUGCUAGCGGUGAAGGAGUUCAAUGGAACAGAAACCAAGACGAAGUUUACCCGGGAUAUCAUGCACCCUUCGACUUUGUCAGUUUACUUUUUCAGGUCGACAACCCCAGAAGGCAUAUGGAGACCCGCGUUGCGCCGGGCUCUCCGCGAUGGUGCAAAUCUCCAAAUUCCCGCUUGAAUGUCGAGAAGGUUUGCUUGCCUGGGCCACAUCGCGCCAUUGGUGUCCUGACACCCCUCUCGAUCGCCAACCUCCGCCCGACCGCGGCACGACACAUGUUUUUAAUAUACAAGGUUGUGUCUGACGAGAUAAAUUACUGGAAAGGGCUGGCCGAAGCCACCAUGGCCAAAGGGACUUUCUGCUGCACCGUAUGUGCCGACACUAUUAGCGAGGAUGCGGGUUUGGGGGGGCUCCGAUGCGCAGCCUGCGAUUGGGCGCUGCGCCUCAAACCGGAGUUUCCGUGGGUCGGCAGAAUGUUGAAGGGAAAGGCACCAUUUGAUGGUAGUGCGCGCACCGGUCGCUGGACCGGUCUCUGGACCGGAGCUCUGAAAGAUUAUCCUAAACUGGAUGAACCGCUUACGACUCUCGAGCAACUUCACAACCAGUACGUGGAGUUUUACGAGUGGUAUAGAGGACGAGGACUCAACAAGUAA